UUCAUCCUUCCCCACUUUGCUCUUGAGAGGCAUCAGGAGGGGCUGGAGCCAGAUUGGACGCCCUGAGUGCCACCUGCAGCCCGCCUCUAGGGCUCGUGUGCCUGUGGGCAGCCCGCCUCUAGGGCUCUGUGUGCCUGUGGGCAGUCCACCUCUACCACCUCUAGGGCUGUGUGUGCCCAUGGGCAGUCCACCUCUACCACCUCUAGGGCUCGUGUGCCUGUGGGCAGCCCGCCUCUAGGGCUCGUGUGCCUGCGGACAUCUGUCUGAACCUCAGUUUUCACAUCUAUAAAAUGAGCCUGAGGGUCGUUUCCAAAACAGAGCAAACCGAGUCAUCUGAGUUACACUGUCCUUGAAAAUGACUGAAAUCCCGGAUCAAACAUUUUGAAAUUUUGCUUAAAGCAACAAAGAGCUGUAAAACUGGGGCUCCCCGUGGCACCUUUGGGUAAGGGUGACUCGGGAGUGACCACAGCCCUCUGGGGGCUGCAAGGACAGAGGCAUGCUGCGAGGUGGCGAAGGAGGAGCAGCUUGUCAUCUUGGUGGCCAUCAAGGUGACACCUCUAUAGUAACUUUCAAUAGCCUGCUCUGGUGGUGACCAAACCCGAGUCACCACCCCACUGCGGGUGUACCUCUUAGUGGUGUUAAGGAAGGUGGCCCCUCUGGGGACCAGCAGAAGGACAAAGGGCAGGGGCAGGAACUUGCCUGCAGGACCUGGACUCGAUGGACCGUGGCAACACAAGUAACAGAGUGGGGAGGGCGGGGCAGGGGCAGUGGAGCAGCCCCAGCACUCCGACCUUUGGCUGCGUGAACCUCAGCCCGUCCCACCUGCCAGCUGCUCUCUGCUAACUUGCCACAAAACUUCCCAUCUGUGGAUCUCCAGGCCCAUAAAUAUCAGCCUCUCUGCGAGUUAGACGCCAGUCCUGGUGGCCUGGGAAGCCCAGAUUCGCAUCAGCAGGUGCUGCACCCCACACCAGCAUGUGCUCACUGCCUGUGCCCCGGGAGCCCCUGCGUCGCGUGGCUGUCACCGGGGGCACGCAUGGCAACGAGAUGUCAGGUGUCUACCUGGCCCGGCACUGGCUGCAGGCCCCCGCGGAGCUGCAGAGACUCAGCUUCUCCGCUGUGCCUGUGCUGGCCAACCCCGCAGCCACAGCCGCCUGCCGCCGCUACGUGGACCAUGACCUCAACCGCGCCUUCACCAGCAGCUUCCUCAAUUCCAGGCCCACCCCGGACGACCCAUAUGAGGUGACAAGAGCCCGAGAGCUGAACCAGCUGCUGGGGCCCAAGGCCUCAGGCCGGGCCUUUGACUUUGUCCUUGACCUGCACAACACCACGGCCAACAUGGGCACCUGCUUAAUCGCGAAGUCCUCCCACGAAGUCUUUGCCAUGCACCUGUGUCGCCACCUGCAGCUGCAGUACCCCGAGCUGUCCUGCCAGGUCUUCCUGUACCAGCGGUCUGGGGAGGAAAGCUACAACCUGGACUCCGUGGCCAAAAAUGGAUUGGCUCUGGAGCUGGGCCCCCAGCCACAGGGUGUGCUGCGGGCUGACAUCUUCUCAAGGAUGAGGACCCUGGUGGCCACAGUUCUGGACUUCAUCGAACUCUUCAACCAGGCCUCCCACACAGGUGCGGCCUUUCCCGCCUUUGAGAUGGAAGCCUAUAGACCCGUGGGCGUCGUGGACUUCCCUCGCACUGAUGCCGGGAACCUGGCAGGCACUGUGCAUCCUCAGCUGCAGACAAGAAAACUGAGGAACAGAGGUUAAGUGACUUGCUCACAGUCACACAGUUAGCAAGGAUUUGAACUCCAGCUUCAAUACCUGUGCCCAUGUCCACGAGGGUCCACUUCCACAUGGGCACAUGCCUCCCCAAGGUGACUUGUGCCUUCAUUUCUAGACAUAGAGCAGACUGGCAUCUCACCAGACCUGCUGUCUUACGGAUUGAGGAAGUGAAGCGUGGGUGGGAAAGGCCACAAAUGAGGGGCAUCUUUUGGGUACCAAGCUGGGGUCACCUCCCUCUGGGGCCAGGGCAGAGGUGGCUCCAGCGAUCUUGGACUUGGCUCUCCUCCCAGGACCGAGACUUCCAGCCGCUGCAGCCCGGUGCUCCCAUCUUCCAAAUGUUCAGUGGGGAGGACCUGCUCUAUGACGGGGAGUCCACGGUGUACCCGGUGUUCAUUAAUGAGGCUGCCUACUAUGAGAAGGGCAUUGCCUUUGUCCAGACUGAGAAGUUCACAUUCACCGUGCCUGCCAUGCCUGUGCUGAACCCUGUCCCGAGCCCAGCUUCCUAACCCAAGCCACACCUCCCCAACUUCAGUCUUCCCAUCUGAACAAUGGGUCCUGAGGCAUAGCUCUGAGCACAGAGGUCCCUUUUGCCACCUACCAUGUACCAUGUUCCUUGCCAGGCCCCCCAGCCCCUGGCCUCAGUUUCCCAUUCUAUAAAAUGGAAGAUGUCCAGAG